AUGUACUCCGGUUACGACCCAAAGGCUGUUCGACUUCACGUCGUGGCAGGCAAAGCUUUCCUCCUAGGUAUAGUCUUUACAAUUGCACUCCUAUACUUGGUGCUUUCUGGGUCUCCUUUGGGGAAUAGAGUCGCCUUAUACACCCUCAUGAACACCGUCUUUUACAUGCUGGAGUUCCUUACUACGGCGAUAUUCAAUACGGAAAACGUGGACGACGAUCUGUUCAUCCUUAAUGACAUUGAACUCCACGCUGUCCACGCUGUCUCCAUGAUAGAAACGUGGCUCUUGCAUAGGUACUGGAAGUUCAACCUGACCUUCUUCUGGAUAGGCCUCAGCGUGUUGCUUUUUGGCCAGUUUUGCCGUACGUACGCUAUGUACCUGGCGGGCACGUCAUUCCACCACUACGUCCAGAAAGAGCGUUCCCAAAAACACGUUUUGGUCGAAACCGGUAUCUACAGUUGGUCAAGGCAUCCUAGCUACUUUGGCUUCUUCUGGUGGUUCGCGGGAAGCCAGCUUCUCCUACAGAAUGCCUUCACCUUGUUGGUUGGUGCAUGGAAGCUCCAGCGGUUCUUUGAAGCCCGCAUUGCCUAUGAAGAACAGUACCUAGAGCCUACAGACGGCGCACGCCCACAUUGA